CACGGAGCCAGUCCCCAAAACGUUUGUAGUUUCGGACAAGGCAGGUGGCGGGAUGCGAAUAAAGAAGGAAAGAAUGGUAUUUCACUGAAAUUUCAUUUAAUUAAAGACCAUGUUUGUAGCGCGAAGCAUUCCGGCCGACCACAAAGAUCUCAUCCACGAUGUGGCUUUUGAUUUUCACGGCCGGCGAAUGGCAACAUGUUCAAGUGAUCAAAACGUAAAGGUUUGGGAUUUAGGAGAAGAUGGACACUGGACGUGCACUGCUAACUGGAAGACCCACAGUGGCUCUGUCUGGAAGGUCACCUGGGCCCACCCUGAGUUUGGUCAAGUGAUAGCCACCUGUUCAUUUGAUAGGACAGCAGCAGUGUGGGAGGAGCUAGUUGGAGAAUCUACAGAGCAUGGGCAGAAGAACUGGGUCAAGAGGACCAGUCUGGUGGACAGCAGAACCUCCGUCACAGAUGUCCAGUUUGCUCCCAAACACUUGGGGCUACAGUUGGCCACAUGUUCAGCUGAUGGUAUUGUACGGAUUUAUGAAGCACCUGAUGUGAUGAACCUCAGUCAGUGGUCGUUACAACAUGAGAUCUCCUGUAAACUCAGCUGUAGCUGUAUAUCGUGGAACCCUUCCAGGGUUCACCAGCCAAUGAUUGCUGUAGGAAGCGAUGAUGCCAAUCCAUCAGGGGGCGGAAAAGUACAAAUAUACGAGUACAAUGAUAAUUCAAGGAAGUGGAGUAAAGUUGAGACAAUCACUGUGGUAACAGAGUCAGUGAAGGACAUCCAGUUUGCACCCAAUUUAGGCAGAUCCUACCACUUAUUAGGGAUAGCCUCCAAAGAUGUCAGGAUUAUUUCCCUCAAGCCACUCAGGUAG